GUCCACUUCGCAACAUGAAAAUGUCGACUGCUGCAGAACGGGAACGAGACGUCCAGGAACUCACGAGUCGCGUUGCGGACAGCGUCUGUGAAUACAUUGGCGUGGAGCUUGAUGGUGCGAUGGAACGGACGAAACUUGUCGACAAGGUCCUCCAAGCGCUCCACACCAAGUUUGAUGAGAUGACCGUCGAGAGUGCGACCGUUGCAGAUUUCGCAGCGCGCAUGAAGGAGUCAGAGGAGCUCUUCAAGGACCGCAUGGCCGCCAUCGACGAAGUCGACGAGGAACUGACUGAGCUCGAAGACAUGAUCCACCAACUUGAGCUGUAUGCCGAACGCAUAUAUGAGAAGUUUACUGUUGUGGCAUGAUCACUCGAAUUCAACUGUGGGAGUCGAUUGCGCUACCUCCUACCAUCUCGUCCUCCUCGUUAAGCCACGCGCAGAUAUAUGUAUUUAUGCUGCAUUCGUUGUGCA